CGCCUAACUUUGACAAUGGCGGCUCGUGGCGUGGGGCUGCUAACCCUUUUUCCCCGCUGUGCCCGGAUGCGAACUCGAAUCCAGUGUCCUGCUUUCAGACGUCUUAAUUGUGCAGGGACCGCAGCGACAGAUCUUAGGAGAGAAGAGCAGCCUUCUGGGAGCGUGGAGACAGGAUCUACAGACAAGAUUCCCAAAAAGACUUUCUCUGAGAUGCAAGAUGAAAGACGAGAACAGGCACAACGGACUGUGUUAAUACAUUGCCCAAAUAAUAAAAUCAGUGAAAAAAAGUUUCUCAAGUACGUAUCUCAACAUGGACCUGUUCGUAGUCACUUCUUCUAUGAGAGCUUUCCUCCCAAGUGCUGGGAUUACAGGUGUUUGCCACCACACCCAGUCUCAGUUGUCAUCUCAGAACACCCCACAGGUGGGGCCGACAAAGCAUGCCGGGGAUUGUACUCUGGCCGCUGCCCUCUGCCUAAGCAGGAGCUUGUAGAUGAUCAGCUGAAUACACUCUUGAAGGAAUUCCAGCUAACAGAAGAGAACACCAGGCUCCGUUACCUCACUUGCUCUCUUAUUGAAGAUAUAGCAGCUGCCUAUUUUCCAGACUGUACAGUCAGACCCUUUGGCUCCUCAGUGAACACUUUCGGGAAGUUAGGAUGUGAUCUGGACAUGUUUUUGGAUCUAGAUGAAACCAGGAAAUUGAGCAUUCACAAGAGCAUAGGAAAUUUUUUGACGGAAUUUCAAGUGAAAAGUGUUCCUUCAGAAAGAAUUGCAACUCAGAAAAUCCUGUCUGUGAUAGGAGAGUGCCUUGACCACUUUGGCCCUGGUUGCGUGGGUAUGCAGAAAAUUCUCAAUGCCCGGUGUCCACUUGUGAGGUUCUCCCACCAGGCCUCUGGAUUUCAGUGUGAUUUGACUACCAACAAUAGGAUUGCCUUGAAGAGUUCAGAGCUCCUUUAUAUCUAUGGCACGCUGGACCCCCGCGUGAGAGCCUUGGUGUGCAGCGUCCGAUGCUGGGCCCGAGCGCAUUCUCUGACGAGUAGCAUUCCUGGGGCUUGGAUCACAAAUUUCUCCCUGACGAUGAUGGUCAUCUUUUUUCUUCAGAAAAGAUCUCCUCCUGUUCUUCCCACUCUAGACACCCUCAAGACCCUAGCAGUUAUUGAAGAUGCAAAGUAG